AUGGCUUCAAGAUUAGCUGCAUGUGAAGCCUGCAGGAAGGCAAAGGUUGCCUGUGACCACAAGAGACCAGCAUGUUCCCGUUGCGAGAGCAAUGACAGGGCGGGUAUCUGCAUCUAUCGAACCACGCCGUUCAAAAGGAAAAGAGUCGAAGAGUCACCUUCAUCGGCCCAGCAAUAUCCUAGUCGGCUAUCGCCGGCCCAACCCUCAUCAUCCUACACCCCCAGAGCCAAUCCAUAUCCCAAUCCCGGAUUUAUGGGAUCUUCCAGCCAUGUUGCCAUUUUCAAUCAAAUCUUUCCACAGGAAUAUCAUGCCUCUGAGACAUACCGUGCCUCUGGGCCAGACGUGGCAAUGUUGAUGCAAUCGCAAUCAGCUGGUGAGAACUUACUACUGAUUCAAGGCGCGGACGUACUCAGACAGCUUCUCAAUACGUUUCCUUUGGCUGCGAUGAAGGAAUUUGUCAUGUUCUGGCUGGCAACUGGAACAAAUCUAGCGCUUGCAGAGCCCUUCACCGAGAAGUGUACAGAAAACAUGACCCGGUUAUUCACGACUUUCUCCCAGGAAGAUAACUGGCACUUGGCGUAUGCACAACGUCUGACUGAAAACUCCCGCAAACCAUUGCACUUUUACGGCAUGUCUGAUAUCUCGGAAUUCUCCGUUCAGUUCCUUGACCAGAAGUUCAGAUGGGAAAGCCUUGGCAUUUUCCUUACUGCUGUUAGCCGGGCUACGAUUGACAUAUCUUUCUUUCCGCCAUUAUUCAAAACUGAAAAUGAUCAGUUCGCGCUGAGAAAACUCGCCACAAGACUUAGUGACCUGGCGUUAGACAUUGCCCUCUCGCUGGAUUGCUUGAAUGAUCUACAGAUCGUUCUACAGUAUGAAAACUUCAUUAUGCACACCCAUGUUGAUGGCGAUCAAAGUUACCAUUCAUGGAGUCGACUUGGAGAUGUCAUAUCUUCCAUGUUUGCCAUUGGUUACCACGAGGAUGUUGAAAGGACCAAGCCACCCAUUCCAAGCUUUCUAGCAGAGCUUCGAAAGACAGCUUGGGCUACAAUGUAUUCAGCAGACAAGAAUAUCGCAUUGUUCCUUGGUCGGCCUCCUCGAAUGAGCAAACGCUUCUGUCAUUUCCAGUUACCCUCAGCCCCGAAGGGCUCAGAACGAAUUGGAAACCCUCGGCACAUUCAGGGUGAAAUUUCCGCCUCGGAAUUAGGUACUCCGGUUAGCUAUAGAGCAGGGAUACGAUGGGCCACUAUAUGUGCCUCUUUGAAAGAAGAUAUCAUGGAAUUACUUCGAGAUAAGCAACGUGAAGAUUUCAAGUCAAAAACAAGGUAUCUAAUGCUCCGUCCCCUAAUUUUCCCUCCAUUGACCGAGAAAUACAGUCUUAUUCAGAAGAAGGCAGAGUCAGAGUGGGAAAAUCUUCCUUCUAAUUUCCGACUCAAGUCCAGUUUGAAAGAGUGCUCUCGAUAUGCAUUCGAGCGUGACUUUCUUGCUGGCCUACGACUGGACUACCUACACACUCUAUUCUUACUGAGAUUACUAUUUCAUGAUACCCUGGCGAGGCCAGAUCCUGCUAUCCUCGACGUCUCAGACCAAAUGCUGGCUCUCGUGGUGGAGGUAAUCCUUUUGCGAGAUCAGCUCGUCAACUCCGGAACGGGGCUUAUCUGGAAGAUUGCCCACUUCGGACUCCCAGCAGCAGGCAUAAUACUGCUUUCUAUGCUCAAACAAACUUCUACCAUUAAUGAGAUUCGCUCAACAUGGUCUAAGACCUUACUCAAUCUGGGAAUCUUUGUUGCACAGGUUCAGGUCGGCAGCAUUGUUCGACCGAGUGAUCCAAAUUAUGCCUUGAUAUCCAAGGCAACACAAACCAUAGAGCGCUUCCUUGACUCGAUGCAGCGAGAAGGAAUUCAGAGCUCCACUCAGCCUGUUUCGCAAUUGGAAGAAAAUGGCGACUGGGCUGCAUUUUUCAGUCAGGAUCUCUGUGACUUUGAGACUGAUUUCUGGGAGAAUCUUGCAGAUCAUCCUUCUUUGUUGGCUUUAGACCCAACUUUGCCGUCGAUUUAG